UCGAAGAAAAUAUAGCCGAACCGCUACCGCUUAUCCGCUUCGACGGGCGAUCUUGGACAGGUCGGAAUUCCGACGACGGCAGGAGCGUCUAACAAAUUGCAAACAUUGCCCCCGGGUUAGCCGUAGAACGGAUUCGUGCGAACAAGUAGGGAGAAGCUUGCGGAAAUUUCGGGGACCAAACACACGCGUUCGCCAGCCGCAGAAACACCGAACCGUUAGGAAUUGUGCGAACGACCACCAUCACCGAUCACCUGAAGAAAGCACGUACGGUGCCCGCACGUGCACACAGCUGCUGCAGCACACAUCCUCCUCCAGCUCUAGCUUCGUUGGUGUUGUUGUGACAGUGUGCGCUCACCGACGGGAUGGUGUGUGCGUGUGUGCCUGUGCACGCGUUUAGUGUCGUGUUUGUGUAGCUGUUUGUGUAUGUAUACGUGUGCGUUGUGGUGUGCGCCCGUGAAUCUCUUCCGCCAAUUGAUUUUCCGCGCAGUAGGGCCUUCGCUCGACCCUCCCUCCGGAAGUGGAUUCGGCUGCUGGUGGCUUUUCAUUUUACGACCGGGCCAAUUAUAGAUAGUAUUAUAUAUAAUAACGUGCAACGGGGGAAAACACGGUGUGAAAAUAUCUCACGUCACUACCACCGGAGGUUGUGGUAACUGGGUGUGCUGUGUAUGUGCCGCCGGUGUGCUAUUAUCUCGUGCUGUUGGAAGCAAUUGUGUGUUAAGGUGUGUACUACUACUACUACUACUACUACUACUACUGUUGCUUCCCCGUUUUGGAGAUCCAGUGCCGGACCGAAAGGGCGGAAGUUUGUUGUUGUUAGAAGUCGGCUGUAUUGUGGCGAAUAAGUUCGUAAACUUCAGAAGCAAAAUUGAGAUCUGCCCGCACAAUCGUCGCUUUAACUACUAUUAUUACUAAUGAAUUCUAGUAUAAGAUAACACAUCGUGCCACUACAUCGAGACAGGACGGUGACAGUAUCUCGAUCGAUCCAAAACGGAAGCGAUUUGAUCGACGUGAAGCUGCGUGUGAUCGCAACGGAAGUAGACCGUGCCAUGUUGCUGCAUCCAUUGCGCCCAUAAUUACGGUGUGCGACAUUGGGUGGUCCGACGGCACCAUUGCACUCGCCACACAGCACCGCCCGGGGGACGCAUCACCGACCCGAAACGCACUCCCGAUUGGUGGCGGGUUUGGCGGACGAGGAUGCAGAUGCUGCACGAUAUGAUGACGUUGCUGACGACAGUGCUAGCACGCCAUAGCUUCUGGUGACAGCAGCUCCUUCGCACGCCCAGAUAUCAUCAACACGACGACGGGUCCUUCAUUGGCGGCUGGUGGUGUCCAGCAGCAGCGACCGCGCGUUGUGCUCCAGCCGUGUGUCGGUAACCGGAACCAAACUGUGUUUUUGUGUGUGUGUGUGUGCGCGCGCGCAUAAGUGUCCGUGAAAUAUUUCGCUUGAACAAAUAGUAGCAGCAGGAGUGGUGCAUGUGUGUGUGUGUAUGCUGUACACGAUACUACACGUUGUGCGUGAAGUUCGGUUAGUGUGAUUGAUUUCAUUUGAGUUGUGUGUCCAGUUCUUAAGGUCCAGUGAAUCGAAAGUGAGAGCUGUCUAGCGGGGGUGAAACUAAAACAUACACACACAUACGGAAAGAGACCGGAGUGGCUGGUGGUUUUUGAUAGAAUAUUUAAUACCAAAGGCCUAGCUCCUAACGACGACGGCUCGUAAUUGCUCAGGCGUGCACGUGGUAUAACUUAGCAUACAUCGUCAACAGUGGCGGUGUGUUUGCGGAGUGGGGAGGCAUAAGAAGCAGUAGAACGCAGCGUAAGGUAUAGAACAUACCCGCGGCAAGAUGGCGACUAUCGAUGGACGACCGGCCCAGUACCAGAUCACGCAGAAGAAUCUGCGAGAGAUCAUGGAACACCGGGGCCGGGAAGCGGUAGCAAAGGUGAACGAGUACGGCGGCGUGGGGGACAUCUGCCGCAAGCUGUACACCUCCCCGAACGAGGGGCUGAGCGGAUCGACAGCCGACAUUGACCAUCGGCGGGAAACGUUCGGCUCGAACGUGAUCCCGCCGAAACCGCCCAAAUCCUUCCUGACGCUCGUCUGGGAGGCGCUGCAGGACGUGACGCUGAUCAUCCUGGAAAUUGCGGCCAUAAUUUCGCUCCUGCUGUCGUUCUACCAGCCCGCGGACGACGACGAACCGGUGGUGCAGGAGGAGGAGGAACAUUACUCGUGGAUCGAAGGUCUAGCCAUUCUCGUGUCGGUGUUUGUGGUGGUCGUCGUGACGGCAUUCAACGACUACUCGAAGGAGAAACAGUUCCGUGGCCUGCAGUCCCGCAUCGAGGGCGAGCACAAGUUCUCGGUCAUUCGCGGUGGCGACGCGGUCCAGGUGAACAUUGGCGACAUUGUGGUGGGUGACAUCUGCCAGAUCAAGUACGGUGAUUUGCUGCCGGCCGACGGUAUUCUGAUUCAGAGUAAUGAUCUGAAGGUCGACGAAUCGUCGCUGACCGG